UCGCAACCGGAGCUUCCCUUCCUGCCCCGAGGAAGCUUCUGGGCGGGCGCGGUGCAUUGUGGGGUGGAGCCUGUGUGAAGAGGGGUACCUCUAGUAAGAAGAGCCGCCAGGAUGAUGCCGACACCAGUUAUCCUGCUGAAGGAGGGGACAGAUACCUCUCAGGGCAUCCCCCAGCUCGUCAGCAACAUCAAUGCCUGCCAGGUCAUUGCUGAAGCCGUGCGCACUACACUGGGACCUCGGGGCAUGGACAAGCUCAUUGUGGAUGACAGGGGCAAAGCCACUAUCUCCAAUGACGGUGCCACCAUCCUGAAGCUCCUCGAUGUUGUCCAUCCUGCUGCAAAGACGCUGGUGGACAUUGCCAAGUCUCAAGAUGCAGAGGUUGGUGAUGGGACCACGUCUGUAACUCUGCUUGCCGCUGAGUUUCUGAAGCAAGUGAAGCCCUAUGUGGAGGAAGGCCUCCACCCUCAGAUCAUCAUCCGUGCCUUCCGCACAGCCACGCAGCUGGCUGUAAGCAAGAUCAAAGACAUUGCUGUGUCAGUGAAGAAGGAAGAUAAAGAUGAGCAGAGAAGCCUGUUGGAGAAGUGUGCAGCCACAGCCCUGAGCUCAAAGCUGAUCUCCCAGAGCAAGGAGUUUUUCUCCAAGAUGGUUGUAGAUGCUGUGAUGAUGUUGGAUGACUUGUUACAACUCAAAAUGAUUGGAAUAAAGAAGGUGCAAGGAGGUGCUUUGGAAGACUCUCAACUAGUGGCUGGAGUUGCCUUUAAGAAGACCUUCUCUUACGCUGGGUUUGAAAUGCAGCCCAAGAAGUAUCAGUCUCCCAAGAUAGCCUUGCUGAAUGUGGAGCUGGAGCUCAAAGCUGAAAAGGACAACGCUGAAGUCAGAGUGAACACAGUGGCGGACUACCAGGCCAUCGUGGAUGCUGAGUGGAACAUCUUGUAUGACAAACUAGACAAAAUCCACAAGUCAGGAGCCAAAGUUGUCCUCUCCAAACUCCCCAUUGGUGAUGUGGCUACUCAGUACUUUGCAGACAGAGACAUGUUCUGUGCUGGCCGUGUCCCAGAAGAAGACCUUAAGCGAACUAUGAUGGCCUGUGGAGGUUCCAUCCAGACUAGUGUCAAUGCCCUGUCAGAUGAUGUUCUGGGCCGAUGUGAACUCUUUGAGGAGACUCAGAUUGGAGGAGAGAGGUACAACUUCUUCACAGGCUGCCCCAAGGCCAAGACAUGCACAAUAAUCCUGCGAGGGGGUGCAGAGCAGUUCAUGGAGGAGACAGAACGGUCCCUGCACGACGCCAUAAUGAUAGUCAGGAGAGCAAUCAAGAAUGAUUCUGUCGUUGCUGGCGGUGGCGCGAUCGAGAUGGAGCUUUCCAAGUACCUGCGGGACUACUCCAGGACCAUUCCAGGCAAGCAGCAGCUACUGAUCGGUGCUUACGCCAAAGCCCUGGAGAUCAUUCCCCGCCAGCUGUGUGACAACGCCGGCUUCGACGCCACCAACAUCCUGAACAAGCUUAGAGCCAAGCAUGCGCAGGGUGGGAUGUGGUACGGCGUGGACGUGCACAAGGAGGACAUCGCGGAUAACUUCGAGGCGUGUGUCUGGGAGCCAGCUGUGGUGCGCAUCAACGCGCUGACCGCCGCCUCCGAGGCUGCUUGCCUCAUCAUCUCCGUGGAUGAGACCAUCAAGAACCCUCGCUCCACCGUGGAUGCCGCACCAGGUGCCCGUGGCCGUGGCCGGGGCAGACCCCACAACCACUGAGCCCCGCAGGUGCUGAGCCCCGUUGGUGUGGUGGCAGUGGCUGGCGCUCUCCUCCUGCCUGCAGCAUCAGAAUUAAUUUCUAGCUUAAUUAAGGGGCCGGUUAGCAGAUGGGCAUUUUGAGGGCCCACAGGCAACCACUGGCCUUGGUUAAUUAGAAUCAAAUCUUGGCCUCGGCAGCGGCAACCUCCUGUGAGAGGCCCUGCCCCAACAUUUCCUCCUCAGCACUGAUCCCCUUAGGCCUCAGCCUUCAGCCUGCCUUCAGCUCGGGAGCUGUGCAGAUCAGAGCCCUCUGCGGCGCUGGCAAGGAGGGCAGUGAGCCUGAGGCCUUUUCCUAUUUAUACUCAUUUUUUGUUUUGGUUUGUUUUUUUUUUUUUUCCUUUCUGCUGAGGGUUUUGAACUCAGCCUCCAACACAAUAAAACGGUGACUUCGUUGCAGUGGCAA